CUUCAGCUCUCGUGCUUUGCGCUGGAUGCAGACCAUGACUUUUGCAAUCAAAGAGAUCAACCAGCGCAGUGAUCUCCUGCCUCAGAUAAAGCUGGGUUUCCACAUCCGUGACAGCUGUGAUGACAUACCUGUAUCUCUGAGAGCAUCUUUGCUGUUGGUGAACGGCCAGCCAGAGAGUGUGAAUGGAGUUGAAAGUCUGGGAAAACACAACGGUUGUGCUGCCAUAAAUAGGACUGUGUCCUCCAUAAUCAUAGGAGAUGCUGCAUCUGGAGUGUCUAUGGCUCUGCUGCGAAGUCUGGGUUCUUUCCACAUCCCACUUGUGAGCUAUUUUGCAUCCUGCAGCUGUCUGAGCAACCAAAGGGAAUUCCCCACCUUCAUGCGCACCAUGCCCAGUGACACCUUCCAGAUCAGGGCUCUGGCUCGGCUGGUCAGCUACUUCAGCUGGACGUGGGUCGGAGUUAUCGGUGUGGAAUCUGAUUACGCCCGUUUUGCCAUCCAGCUCUUCCUGCAGGAGUCAGUGCAGUAUGGUGUCUGUGCUGCCUACACUUAUUUCUACCCUGUAGUGCUCAGUCAACAUGCUCUAGAUGAGCUCAUGGACGUUAUUCAGUGUGUUUCUGAGUGGCUGCACUUUGCCUCUCAGGCUUUCCGGUCUGUAUGCAGCGACAGUUGUCCUCCAGGUUCUCGCAUCGUCAGGAGAAAAGGGGAACCCAUCUGCUGUUUUGACUGCGUCCCAUGUGCUGAGGGAGAAGUUAGUUCAGAUUCUUUCGAGUGCUUGCGCUGCUCAGAGGACACAUGGCCCAACAAUGCCAGAAAUCUCUGCAUCCCAAAAACUAUCGAGUACCUAUCCUACCAUGAGUUCAUGGGGAUUCUGCUGUGUGUUGCAUCUCUCCUCGGUGCUUGUCUUUCCAUUUCCAUCAUUGCCACAUUCUACACAUAUAAAGACACACCACUGGUUCGGGCCAACAACAUGGAGUUGAGCUUCCUGCUCUUGGUGUUCCUUGUCGUCUGUUUCCUCGUUGGCCUGUUGUUCAUUGGGAGGCCGUCAGACUGGCUUUGCCGCAUCAGGUACCCAGCAUUUGGGAUCAGUUUUGCCCUCUGCAUUUCCUGCCUGCUGGCCAAGACAGCGGUGGUCCUAAUGGCUUUUCGGGCCACACUGCCAGGAAGUAAUGUCAUGAAGUGGUUUGGAGCCAAGCAGCAGAGAGCCAGUGUGCUUUUAGGAACCGCUAUCCAGGUACUAAUCUGCCUUAUCUGGCUGCUCACCAGUCCACCUCAAGCCACCGGUAACACACAUUACCACAGUGCCACCAUCAUUAUUGAGUGUGUUACUGGUUCAGAGGUUGGUUUCUGGUGUGUUCUUGGAUACAUCGGCAUUCUAGCCUGCAUGUGCUUUGUAAUGGCUUUUCUGGCUCGAAAGCUGCCUGAUAAUUUUAAUGAGGCGAAGUUCAUCACCUUCAGCAUGCUGAUAUUCUUUGCAGUGUGGGUUACUUUUAUCCCAGUUUAUGUGAGCACAGCUGGGAAAUAUACCGUGGCUGUUCAUAUUUUUGCUAUUUUGGCCUCGGCCUUUGGACUUCUUUUUUGCAUUUUUGCUCCAAAGUGCUACAUCCUAAUGCUGAAACCAGAAAAGAACAGCAAGAAACAUAUUAUGCAAAGGGGAAAAUGA